UGGAGCUCGCCGGAAGUAGAUUAUGUGUCAAAGGUUGAGCACGUUGUUUGGGUUAGCCGCCGCAUGUUGUUUUGAAUGAAUGACGAGGUAACCAAGCAAGAAGUUUAGUGCACACUAUAUUUUCACUUUUUACUACAACCUGCAGCCGAGCACCGCAAACGCCUUACUGUGUACAAUAUAGAAGGUAGUACACUCACGUCCAAGAGAAACAGGGAACCAAAUGGCAGGAAUUUUGUUUGAGGAUAUAUUCGACGUAAAGGACAUUGAUCCAGAUGGCAAGAAGUUUGACAGAGUAUCUCGUCUGCAUUGUGAAAGUGAGUCUUUUAAGAUGGACCUCAUCUUGGAUGUGAACAUUCAAAUCUAUCCAGUAGAUCUUGGUGACAAAUUCAGAUUAGUAAUAGCCAGCACGUUAUAUGAAGACGGAACGCCAGAUGAUGGGGAGUACAAUCCUCAGGAUGACAGACCAUCUCGAUCAGACCAAUUUGAUUAUGUGAUGUAUGGGAAGGUUUAUAAAAUUGAGGGUGAUGAGACGUCAACAGAAGCUGCAACACGCCUUUCUGCAUAUGUCUCUUACGGUGGCCUCCUCAUGAGGCUGCAGGGAGACGCCAACAAUCUUCAUGGUUUCGAGGUGGACUCCAGGGUGUACCUUCUCAUGAAGAAACUGGCCUUUUAAACCACUCCCCUCUUCUCAUUGUUGCCCGUAUCACAGUCUGCAUCAAAAUCAUACUGAACCAAGUGCAGUGAUAAAUAACAAACUGAGGAUAUAUAGAAGUAGUGUUUGUAUUGUGCAUUUAUAGAUAGGAACAAAGUUGGAUUGUGAAAAGAUUGUACAAUUUAAAACCUGUUUCAACCUUCAUCUCCUCAAAAUCUGUAAAUAGAUUUUUUUAUACAUAUGUUCUCACAAAAGGGCUCUUUAUUUUUUGGAUAAUGUACAUUUGAAUCAAUUUUGUGGUCCCAGAAUUAUGGAAUAGUGAUAUUUGCAAGAACUAUGCUGUGGAUUUAGGUUUAUAAAACUGUAGUUUUUGA